AUGGGUCCGGAAUAUUGCAAAGGAGGAUUGGAUACCAACGAAAAAUUCCAUUUCAUUCUAUGUGAGAUACAUUUUGCUCCUGAAAUGUGGGAGAAGGUGCGUGAAGAUGGGAAAAAAAAACUAAAAGGACAUGCAAUCCCUACAAUUUUUCCACGAGCUGAUGCCCGCAACUUCAGAAUGCAAAGUUGUAAUCAACUGACAACAAAAAAUGCUGUUGACACUAUUCCAGCAAAUUUGGAAGAACUGAUUGAAGGAGACGAAUUAUUAAUUGACUUAAUAAAUUCGUACCCACAUUUAUGGAACAAAGAAGAUAAAGAUUACAAAGACGUAAAUAAAUGUGACAAUUCUUGGCAAGAAAUAGUUACUGUAAUGCAUCUAUCUGUAAAGGAAUGUAUGAGCCGAUGGUGUAGAUUACGACAGUACUAUUCAAAGGAAAGACAAAGCCAGGAAUUCAUAUCAAGCGGUUCUGCACCUAAUAAGAAAAGACCAUGGGAAUUAUAUGAGCAAAUGUCAUUUAUAGACAAGCAUAUAUACAAAAGAAGACGAAAAUAUACCAACAUCAGCAGAAGUGUAAAUGAGCCCUCACAGUCAAAUACUGCAGAAAAAUAUGGACAGAAAUCACUUCUAAGUGAUAUAACUAAUAAGGAUGAUUUGCAAACUGAAUCACUUAUAUUCACGUCGUCGACAUCAUCCAUAGGAUCGGAUUCAGAAAAUGUUUUUAUAUUCCUUUUAAGCCCUCAAUCUACAUCAUCAUCUGAACAAUCAACAUCAUUUCAGAAAAAGAUGAAACCUAUAACAUCGUCGGAUACGCUAGAAAAAUCACUUAAUGUAGUAUCUCAGUCUGUAUCUGCAAUGGCAACUCAAAUGUUUUUGAAUGAUAAUGUUAACGAUAGAGAUGAAGCUUUGACAAAGAUGAUUUUGGCCGAAUUAUUGAAAUAA